AUGUCCGCGAUAGACUCUCUGAACAUCCCCGCAUCGACCUCCACGGUCCACGUCUCCGUCAUCGACACGACCCUCGAUGGCGACCUCCCCACGGCGCCCUUCAUGGGCCCCGCCAUCAAGGGCUUCGAGAGAUGGCACGGCGUCGGAUACGCCUUCCUGAUGACCCAUGCAGAUGCGGAGGGGAACGAGCGGCGUAUAGUGUUCGACCUCGGCCUGCCGAAAGACUGGGAGAAUGACUUUUCGCCGCCCGUCAUCGAGGCGGCCAAGGCAAUGGAUAUGACCAUGACGGCGCAGAAGUACGUCUCGGAGAUUCUGGCCGAGAACGGCGUUGAUCUGGGGAGCAUCGAAGCCCUGAUCUGGAGCCACGCUCACCCGGACCACAUCGGCCGCCCGUCUCUCUUCCCCCCCUCCGCUUCCCUCGUCGUCGGGCCGGGCGUCAAGCAGGCCUACUUCCCAGGCUGGCCCGCCGUGCCGGACGCCCCGAUCCUCGCCCGCGAGUUCCAGGGCCGCGAGGUCCGCGAGCUCGACUUCGGCGCCGCCGACCUCGAGAUCGGCGGCCUCGCGGCCUUCGACUACUUCGGCGACGGCAGCUUCUACCUGCUCUCGGCCCCGGGCCACGCCGUCGGCCACAUCAACGCCCUGGCGCGCACGACGGCGGACAGCUUCAUAUACCUGGCCGGCGACUCGUUCCACCACAGCUCCGUGCUGCGGCCGCACGCCGGCGCGCGGCUCCCCGAGGACGUGCGCCUGCCGGGGGGGCUGUGCUGCGCGGGGCGCGUGUUCCACGCGAUCCACCCCGUCGCCGGCAACGCGGCGGAGCUGAAGCACUACAGCAGGGUUCUGGGCCCGGCGGGCGGCGACGCCGACGGGAUCGCGUUCCACACGAUCCCCGAGACGCCGGACGGGGUCACGCUGCUGGCGCUGGACGUGCGCGAAGCGCGGGAGACGCUGGAGGCGGUGAAGGGGUUCGAUGCGAGCCCGGACGUCUUGGUCGUCGCGGCGCACGACGAGAGCCUGUACAGGGUCAUGGAGUACUUCCCUAAAGGCGCCAACGAGUGGAAGCAGAAGGGAUGGAAGGAGAGCGGGAGGUGGCUGUUCUUGGGGGAUUUCGAGAAGCCGCUCGAGGUUGCCGGUGUAUCUGCAUGA